UCCAUCUGUAAUGAGAAAUGUCCCCUUGGCUAUAGCAAGAUAAAAGUGGAAGGGAAAUUAUCUUGCUGCUAUGAUUGUAGACGAUGUGCAGAAGGGAAGAUAUCUGACCAAAUGGACUUAGAUGAUUGUUUAGCAUGUCCAGAAGAUCAAUAUCCAAACAAAGAUCAAGAUAGUUGCCUUCAAAAAAUUGUAAUUUACUUAUCCUACCAAGAGCCCAUGGGCAGUUCUUUGGCAAUUAUUGCAAUCUUCUUUUCUGUGAUAUCAGCGUUGGUGCUGGGGAUCUUCAUUAAACACCGGGACACUCCCAUUGUCAGAGCCAACAACAGAAAUCUCACCUAUAUUCUUCUCAUUGCUCUUCUCCUCUCCUUCCUUUGCAUUUUGCUUUUCAUUGGGCAACCUGACCAAGUGAAAUGUCUCAUGCGACAAACUGCAUUUGGCAUAAUGUUCUCUAUUGCUCUUUCUUGUAUCUUGGGGAAAACAACCAUUGUUGUGCUUGCUUUCAUGGCCACCAAACCAGGCUCCAAAAUGAGGAAAUGGGUAGGAAAAGGACCGGCUAUCUCUAUUGUUCUAUGUUGCUCCCUGGUACAAUUCUCUAUUUGUAUGGUAUGGCUUGCAAUUUCUCCUCCCUUCCCCGAUUCUGACAUAUAUUCCAUGGCUGAAGAAAUUGUCCUGCAAUGUAAUGAAGGUUCAACCACUAUGUUUUAUACUGUACUAGGCUUUAUGGGGUUCUUGACUGCUGUCAGCUUCACAGUAGCCUUCCUAGCUAGGAAUUUACCUGACAGUUUCAAUGAAGCUAAAUUUAUCACCUUCAGCAUGUUGGUCUUUUGUAGUGUCUGGAUAUUAUUUGUUCCUACCUAUCUGAGCACCAAAGGAAAAUACAUGGUGGCUGUGGAGAUCUUCUCCAUUUUGGCUUCAGCAGCUGGAUUACUGGUCUGCAUCUUUUUCCCAAAAUGCUAUAUCAUUAUUCUGAGGCCUGCUUUGAAUA